UCUUUUGAAGAGAAGUCUUGAUCAUCUUCUUCAAAGAUCUCUUCUGUGAAGUCCAAUUUUUUUGACCACUAAUCUUGUCUCUUUUACCGUGAAUAUUCAUUGAAAGGUUCUUGAUUCCCUCAAAUAUUCAUCAAACUCUCAAACCGAAGAAUAUCUGUCUUUCUUUGAACACCAAGAAUCUCACGUUUUACAAAGAGAGAACUAGAAACGUGAUGGAAGAAUUCAAGACCAUCAAGAAGAAAAUGUGGAUGUUUUCUGAUUGAUCUUUCUCAAACUCCUUCAAGCCUUGUUUUUUACGUAAUGGAAAAUAUUAUCAACACAAGAAGAAGAGGAAGAUUUACCAAUAACAUCAAAGUUUGUAACCAGCAAAACUUUCCUACUCAAAAACUCUCUUUUUGGUUUGCUCCAACCAGUCGUCCCCCUGGUCUUCUCUUCUUUUGCAUAUCCGGCUCUAAACAACUCUUUCGAAAACAGUAUUUCUAAUGGCUGCGUAUUAUUUUAAUGCAAAUUCUUCAUUUGGGUCUGGUUUUGGUAAAAUAUACGAUCCAUUUUUAGGUGGUUUUAAUGGAGUUCUGCGAGGUGGAUCCUUGUCUCAGCCUCAGACUCAGUCCCAGUCUUUGGUAUUGGAUAGUGAGAAAGGAGAGCUCGUCAAGGCUCCUACGAAAGUGGGAAAGAAAGAACUAUCUGAGUCUAAAGCUAUGGCUGCUUUGAAAAGUCAUAGUGAAGCUGAGAGGAGAAGAAGAGAGAGGAUCAAUGCUCAUCUUGAUACACUUCGCGGUCUUGUCCCUUGCCAUGGAAAGAUGGACAAGGCCACCUUGCUUGCUGAAGUAAUAAACCAAGUGAAAGAGCUAAAGAAGAAUGCCACUGAAGCCAGCAAAGGCUAUCUCAUUCCAAUGGAUGAUGAUGAAGUGAAAGUUGAACCCCAUAAUGAAGCUGCAGGAGAUGGAACUUUCUUGUUCAAGGCAUCGAUCUGUUGUGACUACCGGCCUGAGCUUCUGUCUGAUCUAAAACAAGCUCUUGAUGCUCUCCCACUGAAAAUAGUCAAUGUGGAAAUAUCAACAUUAGGGGGCCGGUUGAAGAAUGCUUUUGUUUUCACCAGCUGCAAAGAAGGGAAUGUUAAUAAUCCUGAGACCUCCCAAUUUCUAGCCAAUGCUGUUCACCAGGCCCUGACUUCGGUCCUAGACAAAGCAUCUCCAUCGCCAGAAUACUCACCGAGAACAACGCUUCCAAACAAGAGGCAGAGGAUCUCUUUUUUCGAUUCCUCAAGCUCAUUGUCCUGAGAGCUUCGAUCUUGUUGGUGUUUAAUAGUUUGACAUUGCGCAUAAUCUAUAUAUUGUGUUUGUGUAUUUAUAUAUGUGGCAACUAGCAGGAAUUUACUGUUUCAUUUAGAUGAACUUGUAUUUCAUAACUUUGAAUAACUGGUAACAGGUUAAGUUGUUCUGCAGAGACUGUAAAAUGGUGGUCAACACUACUAUUGAUCAUCAUACUGCUGUGUUAUAUUUCUGUGUAAUGGAAUCAGUUGAAGAUUGGUAAGUUCCCUUUAA